AUGAUAAAUACAGAUGAUGACUCAAAUAGAAAUGUUCGUGAAGUAAUUACUCUUGAUAUAUCUAAUAAUGAUGAAUCAAAUAAUCGUCAACGACGUUCAUCAUCAACAUCUUCACAAGAUAUUGAACCAUUACCAAGACCAAUAAUAGCAUCAAAUAAACGUAAAAAAACAAAAUCAAAUAAUAGUGAUGAAGAUAAUAAUAAUAAAGAAGAUUUAACACGAACAAUAAUACAAAAUGAUGCUGAAGUUUGUCCUAUUUGUCUUGAAGAAUGGACCAAUUCUGGUCAACAUAGACUUGUUGCAACUGAAUGUGGUCAUCUAUUUGGCAAAAUAUGUAUUGAAAAAUGGCUUCGUACAUCUCCUAAAUGUCCUCAAUGUCAAUCAACAGUAAAAAAAAAAGAUUUAAGAAGAAUUUAUUGUCGAGCACUUCAUGUAUUAGAUACAAGUGAACGAGAUAAUGCUAUUAGAGAACGUGAUUUAGAAAAAAAAGCAAGAAAAAAAAUUGCCUAUGAAAAAGCUGAAUUACAAUUAGCUUAUGAUAUUCUUAAAGAUCAAUUAAAACGUUUACAAAAUGAACAUGAUAAAUUAUUAAAAUUAUCACACGGUUUAACUAAUGUCAAUGAAGCAAUAGAUGAUUCUUCUCGGUCUUGUUUAGAACCAACAACAAAUCUUGUACCUCCACCUUCGAUUAAUAUACGAUUAGAAGCAGUUAUUAAAAUACCAGAAGGAAUGUGUCGUGUUCUUGCUUAUGCUCCAUCACAUCAAUGGCUUUUUGUUAGUCAACCAACAAAUAAUAGUUUAUAUCCUGGAUUUGGUAUUAAAAAGAUUAGUCUUAUUGAUGGUGGUCGUGCUCCAGAAUAUACAACACUUCGUCAUACAAAACCAAUUCGUGAUAUUCAAUUACAUGGUGAUCUUUUAUUAUCUUGUGCUUGGGAUAAAACAAUGCGUAUAUUCGAUUAUACACGAAAUACAUUUAAUCUUUUAUGUGAAUGUGCAUCCCAAGUAUGGAGUUGUACAUGGAAUCUUGAUGAUCCAAAUAUAAUAUAUGCUGGAUUAAAUAGUGGUCGUGUACAAGUAUUUGAUCGACGACAAAUUCAAACAGGUGAAACAACAUUAUCAUCAAGUAUUGAAACAUUAAGUUUAUCAACAACAUCACCUAUUGUUAGUCUUCAAUAUAUACAGCGAAAUUCAAAUUUUCAAUCAAGUGGAUUACUUGUUGGAAGUAAUGAUAAAAGUGGAUUUUAUGAACAUAUACCAAAUAGUGAAUACCGAUAUCAUGCAUUACCUAUUGACAAAAAUUUAUCAAGUCUUCAUUAUGAUUCAAUAACAAAUCGUUUAUUAGCAUCAUUUCGUCCACAAUCAAGUCCAGCACGACAUGAAUUAUAUGAAUUAAUAACACGACCUAUUGAAAAUUCUGAACAAUCAUUUAUUGUUUCUUUACAAUUAAUUCAAACAUUUAUUGGUUCAAGUAUUAAUAUUAUUUUAUCAAGAUCUAAAAUUCUUCAUAAAAAUUUUGAAACUUAUAUUGUUGCAUCAGAUAAUGGAUCACAUGGUAUUGAAUUAUGGAAUAUCCGUCAACCAGCGGACACACCUUCAUAUAAAGUUCCUACACAAAGUGAUAUAGUGGAUGUAUGUUUAACUCGUCAACAUUUAUGUACGUUAGCCGAUAAUCAAGUUCGAUUGUAUAAAUGGACAUAA